UAACCCCUUCUUAUAUCCUUGACUUGGUCAUUUCAAAAUGUUUUGACAAGUAGUCCCAGUGGGCGGUUUUAUUAGAGGUCAACACUAUCGGAUCUGCUACAGUACAGGCUGGCCAAGUAACGUUAGGGGUUUAUUAUGGCCGAGGACAAGAUUGAUGAGUGACUGGUGUGUGAUCUGACUUCUCCUGUGUGAUUGCUAGAAAAUCAUUAACGUUACUCAUCACUUAUGACUGCUGUUGUCACCAAGUCUGAUCCUUUCUCAGAGGCAGCUUGUCGACUCUUUAAUCCACAUAAGACCCUGACACUGCUUUAAAGCCAUCCAAGCUGUUGAGUCUCUCCUGCUGCAAAUCUGUGUCAGUACUGAGUGUAGUGGAGUGUGGUCAAGUAGUUGUUUUUCAGUCAGUGAAAAGUGAAGAACACUGGAGAAUUGGAGAGCAGUUGAGGCCAGAGAUCGGGAUGGAGCAGGACUUUGCUGCACUGGAGUUGGUAGAAGUUCGAAAGUUACAUGAAUUAGUGCGGAGACUGGAAAUUCAAAAUGAAUCUCUAACCGAGAGGCGAAGAAAUAUCAACACCAAAAACCAGGCUCUCUCUGGUGUGCUUAUCAGCUGUCCCUCUUCGCUGGAGGAAAAUCCAAAUUGCUGUGACCCUGAACCAGCAGAGGUCAACGGUGGGGAUGCUAUAUCUCCACCUCCUCUUGAAAGCCCCAGAGAUACACCAGUGAGGCAGGAUGGACAUGUAUAUGAUGGCUGUUAUACACACUUGCCCCACAGUGAAAUGUUGGAGGAGACACACAGGCAGGGAUGCAUGGGGUCAGAGGAGCUGGUGGUCAGGGACACAGAGAAGAGAGCAGAGCAGUCUUCUCUGGAGCUAGUGGACCUCCUGGACCUAGAGGAGUGUUGUGAGGUGGAGAAUGAAGUGAGCUGGUUAUAUGAGUCACCCAAGAAAGGGGCAUCUGCUGAGAGAAGUGAUGAGACCCCUAUAAAGUGGUGUAGACAGGUCCUGGACAACCCCAGCCCGGAAACAGAGGUGGCAUGUCGCACACUAAUUAAUAUCCUGGACCAAAAGACAAGAUGGAGGAGUAUCUUCAGCAGUCGCUCCCACAGACGUCCUGUAGCCUUCCCUGACACUGGCCAUCUCUGCAUGGGCUCACCUUCUCCUCGGUACCACAGAUCAACUGACAGAAGUCAACAAACCAACAAACCUAACAGCUCAGAUGGCAAUGAUGCUAUUUUACCACCAUCAAUGGAUGAGAAUGAGCCGAGUUUCUCAGAUGACUCCAUCACCAUGGGCUACAGGCUGCAGGACCUCACUGAUGUCCAGAUCAUGGCUCGCAUGCAGGAAGAGAGUUUACGACAGGACUAUGCCUCCAUCCCUGCUGCCGCCACACCGUUCAGGAGUCCUGGUGCAUCCAUGCUGUCACUUUCUAAUUAUAGCUACAGUGACCUAGAGUUCGACAAGUAUAGCCUGGAGGACACAGUCGCAUACACACCGCCUCCCAGCCAGCUGCCCCACUACCGCCGUUCCCCACUGGGCCAAUCACCCAGAGCCAUAGCCCAGCCUGGUUACAGCAGCCAGCUGCCAAGGCCUCCCAGUCAAGCCACCACUCAAUCUAAGCUGCUUAAGAUUGCAAAGAGCAGAGAGGGUCUGAGAAGCAUGUCCAACCAGGAUUCACCUCCUCCUCGCACCAGCCUCCGCUCUCUCCAGGCAGUCAGGAACAGCCGCAACCUGGAGGCCAACGGCCAGUUCCUCACAGACCACCCCACCUCCCGCCUCACCUACCCUGUAGCAGGUUCAACCAGGUCUCCACCAGGUGAGUCUUCAGUCAGGCUUAGGAGUGGUGGCCGAUCUUCAUCUGUUUCUGCCAAAACCUUGAACUCCAGUGACCCUGCAACUGGAGUAGCACAGCAGUCCCUGAGAGAAUCAUUUCAGGCCUUGUCUAUUAGAGGGCUACCGAGAGCCCAGUCCCUCAGCCCCUCUGGUUUGAGGAUCCCCUGUCCCAGUAAGGACUUUUCAGUUGGAGGGUACCUAUCAAGUCAUGGUCGUGUCUAUGCCUCCCCUGAGAGGUCCACUACCCUGGCUUGGGGCAGACUGGGGCAGCCUGCCAAUACCCAUAGGUAAAAAGGUAUACUCAAUGUUUCUCAGUAAUUCCUCAGUAAUCUGUAACAUACUCUCACUCAAAAUAACUCCACUUAAUGUAUUAAAGCACAUUAAACAGUA